AGACGCCGUGGUUGAGAUCGAGACUGAGAGGCUGAGGCAUCCCGAGUACUCUGAACCCAAUCAAGGGAGCAAAACGCCGGAAGCGACACGCCCCAGGCCCCCAGUACUCGUUGCUGCUGCUUCUACAGUCGCGUUUGUUUGAGCUCUUCUCCCCUGCUGCUACGAUGGCGACGCAGCAGCAGGCGGACCAGUAGCUGCUGGCUGCUGGAGCGCACAACGGGGUGUGAAAACUGAAAACCAGUCACUGUGAAUGUGAGGAGGAAGGAAGGGGCCAAGCAGAGAGGAGCGAAAGAAAGCUUAAAAAAGAGAUCUUGAAGGGGGAGGGAAGGCCGGAGGAGGGGAGGGGCGAGGGAGGCAUGAUGGCAGGCGCGGUGUGCUAGCGGGCUAAAGGGAGGACACCACUGAUUGCUGAUGGGGAAAAGGAGAUGCAGAUGGAGAUGGAGAUGAAUUGACGGGUAGCCUUUAUGCUCCUCGCCUUCUCUUCUUUCUUCCGCCCGUUGCCAACUCAGGGAGUCAGGGGGUGAGGUCAGGAAUGGUGUGGCUGUGACUGUGAGCGAGACAUUUCCCUUCUUCCUGAUUGUGGCUGACUUGUGCGGCGAUGAUUGAGCUGCGCUGAGCUUGGAUGCGAGUGAGUGUGAAUGGCGAAAUGAUUCUUGAGUUUGCUUGCUCAGACUCUCGGAGGUUGGAGACUCUAAGGUGUGAAGACAAGCACCAUUCGCAAAUCACAAAUAAACCUCACCAAAGCUAAAAGUGUUUUAAGUUUGCCACCUCUGAAGAUACAGGCUUGUUCAUACAUGGCAGAAUUCAAGAUUGGAAGACUUGAUGGCCAGCCACCAAGAAUCAGAAAUGUCCCCAUUGCCGUCACACCGGAAGGAUUCUGGUGUUGCCCAUCACAGGCCGCACUUCAGAAGACAGCAAGGAGCCCAAACCAUCAGGACAGACCCAGAGGGGGAGCAUCCCCUUCUCCAUCAAAGGCGUCCUCGGUUCAGAGGGCACCGACCAUUUCUUCAGAGAAGAGAGCACAGUCCACACCUACUAGGUCUAGAACCAAUUCAGAUGAGCAAAUAUGCCCUCCAGCAGAUGCUAUUGCUGCCCCUGAUCCACCAAAGGUAGCACCUGCACCGGCACAUGAGAAGCGACCAAAGCAACAUAAGAUUUCGGUUGGCUUUGGGCAGCUCGGUUCGAGUGAUCUGAAGGUUGUGCUGUAUGGCAAGGAAGGGGUUGCUGUGAAGAUGAUUGUUCACAAGAACAUCCUUGCUGAAAACAGUACCUUUUUUGCCGAUAGAAUCUCGAGGCAGUCUCCGGUGUCGUGCAUUGAGGUGCCGGAUUGCGAGGAUGUGGAGAUUUAUGUCGAGACUGUUGGGUUGAUGUACUGUAAGGAUGUCAAGCAGAGGCUGAUCAGGCAAAAUGUUCCACGAGUUCUGCGAAUCUUGAAGGUCGCAGAAUCACUAGGCUUCAGUGCAUGCAUCAUGUCUUGCUUAGAUUAUCUGGAAGCAGUUCCUUGGGUCGGCGACGAGGAAGAAAAUGUCGUGACAUCCAUAAGACAACUGCACGAUGAGGAUCACAGAGCUGACCCCUUGCUGAAGAGGGUGACAUCUGACAUCCUAACAAAUCCGCCGAACGACACUCUUGCGCAUAUCAUUGACUUGGUGCUGAAGAGCAGCGAGGACAGAGGGCGUCGCGAGAUGAAAUCUCUGGUCCUGAAGCUUUUCAAGGAGAACAACAACAUAUGCACCACCAAUGGUUCUUCAGCAGACUCCUCCUGUGUCACCACAUUGUACAGUUGUUUCCAGAACUGCCUGGAUUCCUUGCUGGCAUUGUUUCGCCAAGCUUCCGAUCCGCAGGUGCUUGCUGAACAAUCUUCAGAUGACAAAGAGCAGAUGUUCAGAAAGAUCACUCUGGAGGCUGAUAACCUCCUGUGGCUAGCCGAGAUCCUAUCAGACAGGCACGCAGCUGAAGAGUUGACAGUCAUCUGGGCCAGCCAGGCGGAGCUGGCCGAGCUGCACCCCAAGAUCCCGGUGAUGCACCGGCACCUGGUGAGCUGCGUCAGCGCGAGGCUGCUGGUGGCCGUCGGGAAAGGCGAGGCGCUGCCGUCGAAGGAGACCCGGCGGCGGCUGCUGGACGUGUGGCUGCAGCCUCUGAUGGACGACUACAGGUGGCUGCUGCACGGGUGCCGGUGGUUCGACCGCACGGUGGUGGAGGACGGCGUCGGGCAGACCAUCCUGACGCUGCCGCUGGAGGAUCAGCAGGCCGUGCUGCUCGCGUGGCUGGGCAGGUUCCUGAAGGCCGGCGACGGGUGCCCAAACCUGCAGAGGGCGUUCGAGGUCUGGUGGAGGAGGACCUUCGUCAGGCCCUACGCCGAGCAGCCGGGGAGCUCAUCGGGGCAGCACUGAUCGGCCGAUAUUGCUGGGAAUAACAGUGUGUAAUGCUGGCUGCAACUUAUAAGGUUGCAAGAAGUUAGUAAGAAUGGUUUUCUUACAAGGUAGUAGGAGAGACUUGGUUUCAGUUAGGAGGAAGAUGCUGGAGAAGAGAGGAGUAUAGUGUAGGAUCACUAGUGGUGAUCUUUUUAACUGAGGUUAAUCUUGUGUUGGUUGUCCUUGUGCUGUAAUGCUUUGGGGGUGAGAAAACUGUCUGAUUUCUUGGUACAGAAAUCAAUCUCCUGUGAUUUUACUGCUAGUGCUUCUGAGUUGAAUACUUGUGUGGUCUUCCUUGUGAACUCAGGUGAAGAAAAUGUAACCUGUGACUGAGCCA